AUGGGAUCGACGCGUUCGUCGGGCGCACACGUUUCUUCAGUGCUGGCCCCAUCUGAGAUCAUCAGAUCGCAGCCCCGUCUACAACCCUCACCGCUACCACUCCAACCCAUUGAAAAUUCGUCUUUCUAUCCGGCUUCCCGCUCGCACAGGCCAUCGCCGACGAAAGCCUUGCACCCCCAAGGCUCGCACCCGGGUCACGGAAAACUCGGUUUCGUCCCCAUCUCUGCGCCCACUCCGCCCAUGUUUACCACCGACUCCCCAGCGAAGAAAGCGCCGUUCCCAAUUUACUCCCAGUCCUCGAUGCCACAAUCUGCUCUCUUCACCACCUUCUCCAGUGUCAACCCGCAAUCUGCGAAAGAAAACCACCGCCCAGAAGAACUGUCAAAUGACAGUUUCGCAGACUUCCCCGAACCGUCAUAUGAAUCAAAACUUCCAAUGAAGCGCACGCUGAUGGAAGCCGCGCCGUUGAAGGAACGCGCCAAUAAAAAGCAACGACGCGACGACGCGACAACGGCGUGUCUACCUGAACCGCACGAGAUGCCGUCAGUUGAAGAUGACGGCACCAAGCCGCCUUACAGCUAUGCCACUUUGAUUGGCAUGUCGAUUUUGCGCGCAAACAAUCGGCGCUUGACCCUGGCGCAGAUCUACAAGUGGAUCUCAGACACCUUCUCAUACUACAAGAACAGCGACCCAGGCUGGCAAAACAGCAUCCGACACAACCUCAGUCUGAACAAGGCCUUCAUCAAGCAAGAGCGACCUAAGGAUGACCCAGGCAAGGGUAACUACUGGGCCAUUGAACCUGGGAUGGAAGCGCAAUUCCUCAAGGAUAAGCAAGUGCGCCGCGCCACCAUGUCCAGCCUUCCUCUUCCUGCUAUUCCUCAGCGCGACCUUGGGUUAUCUCACUCUGCCAGCACCACCACUUGGAUUGUUCCGCCUCCUCCUACCCAUCAUGCUCCUACACCUAAGCCACCUCCAGUGCCAGACUUGGAUUCCGACGCGACUCUACCUGCGUCCGACCCGGCUCUUCAAGAUGAUGCAGACGAUAUUGUUCCAAUCCCUGCCGCUCAUACAGUUCCUCGUUCCUCUCCCCCUCAGACUAUUCGAUCAUCUCCCCCCAUUGCUCCUCCUCGCUUUGCCCGUCAAAAUACUCCUCCUACACCAACUCAAACUGGACCCACCCCCGCCCCUCGCCCUCGUAAGCGCAAGUCGAUCACAAUGAACGACAGUGGUUACUUCUCAUCUUUGGAAUCAUCUGCCUUCCGGCCGAACAAGGCCGGUCACAUUUUGACUUCUGAUUUGGAUAUCGAACCACCGCGCAUCAAGCGAGGUCGUGCAGAAGAGGAAAUUGCGCGUAUGCGCAGCUCGUCUCAUGACAUUAGUCCAGGCCAACCCACAAUGCGCAAAAAUCCAAACCCUAUCAUUGGAUCUUCCCCUCUGCGCAGUCAAUACGUGAGCAUGCUGCCGCCUCCAUUGACUCCUGUGAUCAAAUUCAAGAAGCCUGCCAAGCCACCGCCUUCCGUGUCUCCAAACACCAACCUACGAAAUCACCGUCGCAAAAUCCAGCAAAUGGUCAACUCGCCUAUUAAGCACUUGGGUCUUACCGACCAGGAACUUCCUUGGAGCCCGGCGUUCAACUUGCAAGACGAAAGCUAUACCCCCAAUGAUCACUAUCAUACGACCUUCGAUGUCUUUGCAGACACUGGCGCAGAUCAAAUCUCGUAUGGAUCACCAGAGAAGCGUUCAGUCAAGCGUGGACGAACCGACAGUGGAAAUUCUGCUCUCACCGACAUCACCUCUGUCAACAUCAACAGCCGCUUUGGAGUGCCUCCUCUCCCCAGAUCCAAGUCCGCCAUAUUCCCCGAGUCGCCAUCCAAGCUCCCAGAAACACACCGCUAUGGAGAUGCCGGCCAAGAAGAUUUCUUCUCUUUCCAUCUCUUCGAUGAGGGGAAUGACAGCUCUGGCGAAGUUGAUGGCGUUGAUCUGUUGCAAGGCUUCCAGAAGAUUGGAGGUAUGAGCAAAGAAGACACUUUGAAGCCCAAGUCGCUUCAUUCGCGACCCCAACUGGGUAACCGCAGCAGCACAACUCUGUUUUAA